CUGUUAGUUGCGUUAGCUUUGCUGUACCAGACCUUGCCUCGUCCAUUCCUCCAGGGUUACUUUGACCAUUCUGCCAAACAAACAAAGCUCCUACCACCUCAACCACUCUCAGAACACGAGGAACCCAUCACAAUAAGCAAAGAACCAGACUUUCCCACCGACUGGUGGACAAGCUCCAGCACAUUUGAACUCGAAAGACGCGCAAUCUUCAGUAAACACUGGCUAUGCGUCUCGCACCGCCGCCAAUUCUCCAAACCAGGCGACUACCACACCUCGACCGUUGUCGGGCUACCCAUCUUUCUGAUCCUAGGUAAAGAUGGCGAUCUCCGGGCCUUCCAUAACGUGUGCCGCCAUCGCGCGUAUCCGGUCAUCCGGAAAGAUCGCGGCUCGUCCACCGUCUUGGGUUGCCGGUAUCAUGGGUGGAGCUACAACAGCCUCGGGCAGCUCAUCAAGGCGCCUCAUUUCGAUGGGGUGGUGGGGUUCGAUCGCGCGCAGAACGGACUCUUCGCUGUUCACACCUUUACAAGUCAGGCGGGUUUUGUGUUCGUGAAUCUGGACGCUAGGCAGACGGUUUGGCCGCCGGAGGUAGAGUUUCUAGAUGGAUUUGCGGGCCCCCGUGGCUUAGGGCUUCAGUCGAGGUGGGUAGGAGGACAGACAAUCGAGGGUGAAGUCAAUUGGAAGAUGUGCUUGAGAGUGAAGCGUGUGAUGAACGGGGAGAUGCUAGGAAGUGGGGGAUUGCAGCACAAGCGUCGUUCUUGGUUGCUGGACAGACUUGGGCUUUCGCGAAAGAGUUCCGAAGAAGUAGAUAUCUUUCCGAUUACCACGGUGCGGGUGAUGAGAGAUGCAGCUUACUGGUACACGCUGACCUGCAUACCGGUUUCUGCGCAAAGGACAUCGUUUCGACUUGAUCUGUACAGCUGCGGGGCCACAAAUGUCUCUGAGACUCAGAGCGUCUCGAGGAAGGUGAACAAUGAGCUGCAGCGGGCGAUAGUUGAGUUGGAGGCAGACUACCGAUCAUGUCCCAAUGAUAUUAGGUCAUCAUCCGAUUACGAUCUGACAGAUGUGCAACUAGCUGUUCUUGAUAUGCUCAAAGCGCAUUUGAAAUUAGAAAGGCAACAAGGGACCGAAGUGUUCCCCGCCAUGAGAAAGCCGAGGCGAAAUGCAAGGUUUGAGCAAGCCGAGCAGCUUUGCAAGCAUUUGGACUGUGUGGAUGAUCUGACCCGUCAGAAAAUUUCCUGGUGA